GCUUCAUGGACACAAGAGCUAUUUUCAAAGCUUCUGGUUUCCUUAUCCUAACAGUCAUCAGCAUCCCAUCCAAUCUGUUCAUCUGCUGUGCCUUCCUUCACACCCGGCUGACUGAAGCUAAGCUCACUCCCGCUGAUGUCGUACUGUGCCACCUGGCCAUUGCCAAUGUGACCUCAGCCUUUACUCGCAGUUUUCCUCAGAUGCUGACAGCAUUUGGCUGCCGAAACCUAUUUGAUGAUUUUGGCUGCAAACUGGUUGUUUUCUUCUAUCGUGUGUCGAGAAGUCUCUCCAUAAAGCUCACCUGCCUCUUGAGCACCUACCAAGCCGUGCUUGUUGCCCCUGCCACCUCCAUUCUCGACUCCCUAAAACAAAAAAUCCCUACGUACCUGCAGCACAUCAUUGUCAGUCUCUAUGCAUUUUGCUUUGCUACCAGUGUCCACCCAAUUCUGUUUUGCACCUCAAAACUUAUCAACAACACCAUUCCCCCUUACACUUUUAAUUAUGAGUACUGUUAUGUUACAUAUCCCGAUUACACUGCUUUUAUUUCCAUAGGUCUGUCCCUCUUUUUCAAGGAUUUUUCUUUCAUAGUGAUGAUGGCGGUCAUGAGCUUCUACAUCCUGGCACUGCUUUACCGGCACAGUAAAAAAGUGAAGAAUCUCAGAAGUUCAGACCAUGGAAACUCAGGAUCCAGAGCAGAGACCAAGGCCUCCCGUGCAGUGGUCACUUUGGUUAUCCUCUACACUGUCUUCUUUGGGGUGGACAAUGCAAUCUGGCUUUAUUCACUCACCACUGUCCGGGUGGCACCCCUUAUUUCAGACAUUCGGGGCUUUUUCUCAGUCCUUUACACAUCUGUGUGCCCUGUGGUGGUCACUGCUACCAAUCCUAAGGUGAAAGCCAAGCUGAAAGUGACCAAGCUCAGGAGUUUGCCUCACUCGGUGAAUACCAGCUCUUCAACUAUGUGACUGAAAUAAAAUAAAAAACACCAUGGCACUGGCAUGGAGGGAAGAAUGAACAAACACUUUGUCUAAAAAUGAAAUAAAUCAAAUUGAGGCAAAGAAAAAAUGUUAGUGCUUGCUUACUUACUGCAGCUGUUAUUAAAUAGGUGACUAAUGCCCUUAACC